AUGGUGGUGGCAAAAUGGAUUUUCCGAUAUUCGCAUUUUAAAGAGUUGGUAAAAAAUCAAAAAGAAAGUAUCAAAUAUGACUAUACAAUAACCCAAACAUAUAGUAAAGAUAAUAAUUACAAAAAUAUCGUUACAUCAUAUAAUUUAAGUUGUUACAAUUUUGCUGAGAGUAGCAAUAAAACAAUUCAGGAAAAAAUAAAUUUAUGGCCAAAGUGGAAACAAGGCUACUUCAAUUCGCUGUUAAAAGUGUUAAAAACCCAGGAACAAUCUAAGGAAUACUGGACUAAAACAAAGUGGUGCAUGAAAUAUUACAAUCUGGAACCGAUUCAAGAUACCAAAUCUGUAACCAAUCCACCUCUGUAAGAAGAAAUAAAAAACUAGUUAGAUUUAUAGAAAUGUUAUUUAAUUUAAUAUGACCUUUCACUGUAUUUUAAAAAUUUAUAAUAUUUACAAAAACCAAUCAACUUAUGUUAUAUACUAAUAUUAUAUUACAAAGGGUAAAUCAGUCCAUUUCAAUUAUUAUUUUAUUUUAUUUAAAUAUAAUAUGAUGUUUAGAAUAGGUACUUAUAAAGUAUAAAAAUGUAUUGACAUUAAUGUAUAGGAUAAUAACUUUUAUGAAUUUACAAAAAAUAUACUGGUGAAUAACAUAUAAACAUUACUCGUUGUUUUGCUAA